AGUCGUGCAACCAGAGUCUGGCCACCUCUCAGUUCUCCAGCGCCUUCAGCGCCUCCUCGUAUUACUCCAUUUCGUACUCGCCUGGAUACGCCCGGCUGUACGGGCUCGGGGGCUGGUCUCCCCAGGUUUCGGACAAGUUGCCCUGGCUCCAGGUGAACCUGUGGCAGAGGUCGAAGAUCACGGGCAUCGCCACGCAGGGAAUCCACAACUCCUACGACUGGGUGACCAAGUACCUCUUCCUGUACAGCGACCAGGGCCGCAACUGGCACCCUUUCUAUCAGCAGGGCAACAACUGGACGUUCGCAGGGAAUCGAAACUCAGAUGGUGUGGUUCUGCACGAGCUGUGGCGGCCAGUACUGGCGCAGUACGUCCGGUUCGUGGCCGUGAGCUGGAGACCCCGUCGCUACGCGGGCCUGAGGGUCGAAGUCUACGGCUGCCCUUACGGCAAGUACUGA